AUGACACUGAGCAGACUUCACCAACAAGUUCUUGCGUUUCCUGCGGUCAAGACUGCUCCAGCAGGUUACUUGCCAGACCCAUCUUCCAUCAACAAGCUCCAAAUCCCAACUUCUUCCAAGAAAUCUGAACAACAAAGCAAAGCAAAAAUGACUCUGCAAAAGAAGAAAACGGAUGGCUUCACACAUGGAGAUAGAGACCAAGCCAAGUUAGGACCAAAGCUAACCGAAAAAGUAAAGAGAAAGCUAUCAUUGGGAGCUAGGAUCCUCCAAAUGGGAGGCUUAGAGAAGAUCUAUCAAAAACUCUUUAAAGUCUAUGGAAGCUAA